AUGCUUGGAAUCAAUAAAAUAUGGAUGUAAAAAGUAAUUAAGAUAUCGUUCAGUGACUCCCUGUUUUUAUAUCUUUCAUUAGAAAUGCUUGACUUUGUGGUUGCAAAAUUAAAAAAUUUCCAUUUUGUAGAACUGAAUUUAAAACAAAGACUUAUUCUAAACAAUUAUCCUUGA